UGGAGAUACCUGAUUGCUGGAGAGAGACAGUCAAUCGUUUCUAGAAAGUCCCUAAGCCAACCGGCUUGCCCUAGUGUAAGAGGCGCAUCCGCACACUCGCGUCCAGAGAAGGGCUCUGUGCUCUGCAUCCAGCGCAGGGGGAGCCCAGACACCUUCAAUGGAGGAGCAGCCUGGACAGCAGCAGCACCAUCAUCAUCAUCACCACGUCCAGCACUCCCAGUCUGCUCACAGCCAUUACUAUUAUUACAGCCACACUCAGCACCCAUCAGCCACAAAUGUGCAACAUGGAGCAGAGGGCAGCGCCAAAUACCAGCCCAAGCCGCUGAAACAUGACCACAAACACGCCCUACAGCACCAGGAAACGCACCAGAAGAAAACAGGUCCGGCUCUUUGGAGGGGAAAGGAAUCCUCAGCUGGGGACAAUGGAGAACUAAAUGGUUCUUUGGGAGAAAGACACCUACCUCCAAAGAUACUGGUUUCCGGAAAACCUGCAAGCCAGGCUGCCUCAGGAGUUCCCAACGGCAGCCAGCAAGUUGCUGACACAAACACCAAGCAGCUACCCAAGGCCCACAAUUUCGGCAAAGCGGGCAGCAAACCAAAAACAUUGCUCCAUAAAAACAGUAUGGACAAAAAAAAUGAAAAGUCCUAUGAGAGCAAAGUGAAAGAAAGCAAGAGCCCAGACAAAGGAGAGGCUGGGUACAUUCAGAAUGGCGUGCUUUCCAACAGCGCUGGAUAUAUAACAAAUGGCUAUGUGAACAAAAACGCUGAGAAUGAUGGUAGUGGUUCUGAGAAUGGAUAUGCCACGCCCAAGAAAAGGAAAGCCAGAUGCAGCGUUUCCAAGGCUGUUGAGGAGCCCAACAUUGUGAUAGAUAAAACGAUGGACAUUGAUGGCAAGUUGGAAUCUGAUUCACUUGUAGACCAGAAAGGUGGAGCACGGGUGGACAAUGCUAAGGCUUCCUGGAAAUGCGAGGCUGCUGGUGCUGUUCGAGCUAAACCAAGCUCUGGAGAUAUACAGAGGAAAAACUCUGAUGCCAAACCUGUCACAGCAAAGAAGUUUGAUGACCGGCCUAAAGGCAAAACCUCCACUGCUGUCUCUUCUAAAGAGGACUCCUGGACAUUGUUUAAACCGCCUCCUGUAUUCCCAGUAGACAACAGCAGUGCUAAAAUAGUUCCUAAAAUAAGUUAUGCAAGCAAAGUAAAAGAGAACCUCAACAAAGCAGCUCAGAACAACUCUGCUUCACAAUCUUCCCUUGCCUUUACUCCCCAGGCUGGGGAUAUUCAGCCAUUGAACUGUGUCUCCCAGGUUCCUAUGUCUGCCAUGAAGUCUGUAUCUACAGUUAAUUUUGCCAAUGGGCCCUUAUUAGUAGGAACUGAUGGGGGCUUCUUGGCCACUGCUGCUAGUACUGUACCACACUCACUGCCUGGAGGAGCUGAACCUUUACUUGCUGAAUCCGCUAGUGUCCCUAACUUCUCUGAACAGAAAAAAACUGGCCUUUUCACUUACCCUUCAAAUAUGCAACACGCACUGCCGGAUACAAUACAAAGGGACAUGUCUGGUCAGUCAAAUCAACAUAGCCUAGGAGAGAUAUUUCAGAAUCAAUGGGGCUUAUCUUUUAUAAAUGAACCUAGUGCUGGCCCGGAGGCUGGAAGCGAUAAGCCUGCACAUGGGCAGGUGGUGUGGGAGCCCCCCAACCAAUUGGUUUCACAGGGUGCUGAUGUAGCUGCCUCAGGAAAUGAACGCCCAGUUUUUCCCAAAGCCUACGAGCUGGAGAAACGGACUAGCGCUCAGGUUCCAGAUGGUGUCCCCCUGAAAGCAGCUCAUGGGUCAGGGGCUGAAGGGACUGUGUUGUCUUCAGAUCCUAAGGAUUAUGGGGAACUGCAAAACACAGACUCUGCUAGCCAGGGUACUUUAGUGUUUCAAUCCAAGGUCUUUGAAAUAGAUGUUCCACAGACCUCCCUGAAAAACACUUUACAGACCUCCGCCAAAGAUAAGAGGUUCCACGGAGGUCUUGACAGCAAAGAUAGCUGGAGUUCUUUUGACCUGAGGGCUGCUAUACUCUAUCACACUAAAGAAAUGGAAUCUAUUUUGAGUUUGCAAAAACAAGAUCCCAGUAGGAUAAUCACUUAUAAUGAAGCCAUGGACCUCCCUGAUCACUGAGAAUACUGCCAGAGGACUACAGGCUUUUCCUAUCUUAUUUCAUCUGUGCAUGAGUGACUUUACCUGGAAACCACGGCCCUUGCAAAACCUUCACCGCAACAGCGAGGGGAAAAAAACAAAAACAAAACACACAACAGAGUCAUUGGAUAUAAUUAUAUAAGUAUAUAAAUAUAUAUACAUACAGAUAUAUAAAUAUAUUUUGUUUAGAUAACUAUGUAUAGACAAAUCUAUCUAUAUAUAAAUAUAGUUAUUUAAACAAAUUUUAAAGUGGCAAUGUUAUUCAGACACUUCCGAUCGAAUCAGGAAAACUAUUAUUUUCCAAGUGAUGCGAAGCUUAUUUAAUCACUGGUACACUUUCCCCGCUCCUUUUUUGUUUUGUGCUUUUUAUUUUCUUUUUUUUUUCCUCUGUGGGCUGCCUAGGAGGCAAAUGAGAUACAUGUUAACAAAUAGAAUGACAUGGAUGCUUUUUCCAGCUUGAUUCCUGACAUGGAAACAUUUUUUUCACAAGAAUACAGCAAGACUGAAAACCUGCCUAUUUUUUUGCCAAUAGGGGAGAAAUUGCAAAGGAUUCAUUCUGUGGAGGCAAAAUGUAAAAUUCCCCGGUCUUAUUCUCACUUUGUAUUGCAAAAAAAAUCAGACCAGGGUGGACACAUUUCUAGAUUCAAAUCAACAGAAAUGAUAUCUGUAUAUUUUUUUUUCUUCUUCUUCUAGUCCUUGACUGGGGUUUAUAAUGGAACAAAAGAUUAUUCAUGGAUAAUACAGAGGAUGGGGUGGGAAACAAGCUGUCUUAAAUUAAAAAAACAAACAAAAAAAAUACACUUUUUUGAGCUUGGGACAGACCUGUUUCCCAGUUUUGAAAAAAAACAUGGAAACAAGGUUUUCGUCAAUUUUAAAACAAAAAAACUCCCCAUUUAUUGAUGGGACAUAAAAACAACAAAAA